AUGUCAGAGUAUAUCCCUUUAGAAAUUCAGGCGGAGAUCUUGAAAAGGCUGCCUUUGGAGCCAUUACUCCGAUGCCGAACUGUAUCAAAAUCAUUCAAGUCUUUGAUCGACAGCCAAGAUUUUAUUGUUUCUUACUGUGUUGAUCAUCCUCAGAUCGAUUAUCGUUACAUACUAAGGUAUCAAAUUCCUUAUGAGCCUCGUCUAAAUGACGAUCCUGUUGAUGAUAAAUACUUAACUUGUUUUGAUAAUGAUGAUGAUGAUUACAUGUAUAGUGAACCUGGUUUUUCCCAUCACGAUUUUUUUAUUCACCCAAUUCCUUCCCUCAUUAAGAAAAUUGAACCCCAUUCAAAAGCAGUUGGUAGCUCUCACGGUUUGCUGUGUUUUAGCGGUUCUUACUAUGAAAACCCAGAUAGGUUUUCCAAUGAAACAGAGAUGGUUGUUCUUUGGAAUGUUUCAUUAAGGAAAUCCGUUGGUAUUCGAGUGCCAGAUAUAUGUGAUAAGCCAAAUGGAAACUUUUAUGAUCUUAAGGUUGAUAAUGUUUUUGGAUUUGGGGUUUGUCCUGUCACUUAUGAUCCUAUUGUUAUCAAUAUUAAAUGUAUUGCUUAUAAGCGGGAAAAGAAUGAUAUAAGACACAUUAGCGACCCUUGGAAAGUUCGAGUUUUUACUAUGACCACUGGAACUUGGAUUUAA